AUGGAACUGUACCAUCUGACAUUGCAACGGCAGAGCAAUUAUGUGCACUCUGUCAAGGGUUCGUUUCUUGGGCGAGACAGCAAUGAGCUUGUUGUAGCUACACAGACUCAUAUAGAGUUGUAUGACUUCGCUGGGAAAGUCAGACGGAAGGUGGGCAAUGACAUUGUUCUUUUCACGUCUCUGUUGGCGCUGGAUACCAUAUGGGACGAGGAUGGGCUCGCGCACCUUGUUAUGCUGGGCCAGAAUGGUAACCUUGUAGUCGCCAAGUUCGCUCUUUCUGGUGACAGGUUACAACUGGACAGUGAGUUUCUAUACAGGUUUGAUAACUCAGUGGAGAAGACCUGGCUCCCGAAAGUAGUCGCGAAUAAGAGCUCCAUUUUGGUAACUUGGGGUUUGACCCAGAAAAUAGUUGUGCCCGUGAGCUGGAGUCAGGAACCAAGGUUCCGCUCGCCUAUCUUCUUCUCUAAUGCAGAACACUCAGUGGUACUAGAGCUAUGUUCGUUGACUUCGUUCGAGGACCACUAUGUCUCUUUAGAAUUGGAUACCCGGUUGAAAGUGUACAAGCUGAACUUCCUGUUCUUCGAUCGCAAUCUGCAGUCUUUGCUUCUUACAAAUUCAUACAACCUGAAAUCAAACGAAGUCGAUGACCGUCCAAAUUUCAUCACCGAUAUACCUGACCUAGCGGUCUAUGGAGUCUCAACAGCAAUAAAUAAGUCUACAUCGAAGAAGAAUCCCUUUGUACUGAUUGGAUUCAAUAAGCACAUUUUGAUCAAAGACAUGAUGGGGAUCUAUAGCUUAAAAUGCGAGUUUCCUGCUGAUAUUAUGGAGUCAUUACCGAUGGAUAAGAAGCUGCUGAUAGUGGCGUCAGAUCUACAAAUUUUGAAGAAUAAUGUGGGAUUUCUGUUAUUGCUGCAGACAAAUACCGGUCAUUUAUUUAAAGUGAUUAUAUUCCCAAAUGAAGAGGAUAGAAAUAGACCCAUUGCAAAGCUUGGAUAUUUUGACAAAGUGAAACACAUUUCAAACAGCUCUAAAUUGCACAUAUUCAAUAACGGUUCGAUGUACAUAAAUUCCCAAUUCAAUUAUGACCAUGUUUACUUGAAUUUUGAGAGUAUUGGCGAUAAUGAUGAAAAUUACGAUAAAAUUGAUAACGAAAAUGAAAAUAUAUCUGUUAUUUCAAAACAUACCAAUAUAAAUCCAAUAGCUUUAAAUUUGUGCCUGAUGGAAAAUAUGCCGUUAACAUUCAUGCAUUUCCAAGGUGGAAAUCGAACGACAGAUAGUGAAAAAGUGAACAUCAUAAGAAACGCCAUUCCUUUGAAAGAGUAUGUUUCCUCGCCACUGCCCCAAGGUGUCUCCAACAUUUUCACAAUUAAAACACAGUAUCAAUCUUACCACUCAUUUAUUUUCCUCACCAUGAUUAACUUCACCACUGUUAUUCUGAAAAUAGCUGACGAUUCUAUCGAGCAAUAUAUUCCAGCGUCGGACACUUUUAAAUUGAAAGAUGAUAUGACCAUCCAUGUCGCCACUAUGGGGGAUAAUUCCAUCAUACAAGUAUGUAAAGAUGAAUUCAGACAGAUUCUACUAGACUCCAAAGAUGAGGAAAACUUCAAAAUGAAUUUAAAGUGGUAUCCACCUGCUGGUGUAUCCAUCCUUUCUGCCGUCUCUAAUUUCUCACAGUUGAUCUUAGCUUUGUCAAACAAUGAGAUUGUUUAUUUACAAUUAGAAAAUAAUACGCUGAUAGAGUAUAAGAAUAGACCUGAAUUACCGGAUGUAAUCACAUCAUUGGCACUACUGAAUGAUAACACCAAGAAGAGCGAGAUUCUGGCUGUCGGAACUUCAGACAAUAUGGUUAAUGUUUUAUCUUUGGAAAUUGUUGACGAAGCUAUCUCGUUUGAAACUGUUGUAUUUCAGGCAUUGGAUGCUAUACCGUCAUCACUUUUGAUUCUUAACCAAGGUCACAAGCUAGUCAAUCUUCAUAUAGGUGUGGAAGAUGGGUCAUAUCUAGUUAAUAGGUUAGACUUGCGGAAUAUGUCUAUAAAUAACAUUUUAAGAAAGCAACUUGGAACCAGAUCGAUUAAGGCCUUAAAUCACAUUGGUGUUGACCUGCGCAAUGAUACUUUACAAUAUGAUGAUGAUGAAAGUGGCAAUUCUAAGGAAAAUACUUUGAAAAACCGUGGUGAAAAGACAUCUGUUGUGGUUAUUCAUGGCAAUAGAACGUGGGCAAAUUAUUCAUCACAUUCUAAUAUGUAUAUAAGGCCACUAUAUCUAAAGGAUAGUCGAAGAUUGAUUACAACAAAGGAGUUCUCUUCUGCUAGCAUAGAUUCUGGUGGCAGCUGUUGUUCUCUUAGUGCAUCUGGAUCUCUUUUAAUUGGUGGAUUUGAUUUCUUACCAUGGGUUGGUAAUUGGUUUAGCAAAGAUGCGGUAGCAAUACAAUUAUCUGAUGAUUCCUCAACAGCUGUCUCUGGCGGUGAUUCAACUGAUGGUAGUGAUGAUGACGAGGAUUAUGAUGAAGAAAAAUUAGAGGAAUUUGAUAUUCACUGUAGGAAAUUUUUGAAUUUUAAUGAUCAAGGGAAAAGCACGGUAUUGGUUUUUGAAAAUACAAUUGACGAUAAGGCAGAGAGUACUCUUUGUAUAAUCAACAAGAAAGAUAUUUCUCCAAUGACUAUAUCUGAUGAUGGUAAGUCUGUCUUCCGCAAAUCAUUACCUUUUAAGACUAGAGACGUAGCCUUGAGUAAGCUAGGUACAAAAAAAUGGUAUCUGUUUGUUUUGUCGACUUCGAGUACAAUUUUCACAUACGGAAUAAAAACCUCGACUGAUGGCACGGUGGAUCUGAAAAUGGAGCUAAUUCAUGAAACUCAUUUUGAUAAUGAAGUGUUUUGUAUAAAAGUGUUCAGAGAUAUGUUGAUUGUACCACAAUACAAUAGACUAUUGUUUUGUGAGGUGGGUAAAACAAAGCUACUCAACAAGAUGAUUGGUCCUGCUGUUGACUAUGUUGAGAAAAUUACUGUGUUGGAUUGUUGGGCUGAUGAUAGAAUCGCAAUUGGAGACUUUAGAAAUUCUGUUAGCCUCUUACAGUUUUCAUCCAGUCAUGAAGUGAAUGUAAUAGCAAACGAUAUUUGUACUCGAGAUGUAACCGCCAUCAAGUUCUUGGAUCGUUCGACUAUUAUUGGUGGUGAUAAAUUCGGUAGUGUUUGGGUUUUAAGAUUAUCAAUACAAGAUGAGAAGAUUCUUCAAAGUUGUGACAAUAACAAAGUUGAACUACAACAGCAUUUGCUAAGAGAAAAAGGCACAUUAAGAGAGAAAGCGCCAAAUAUCUUAAAUACAUACUUCAAGCUUGAUUUGGUUAACCAGUUUUUUAUCAAUGACAUUGUGACGGGUUUUUCUGUAGAGGAAAUCACACAGGCGAGUGAUAGACCUAUCAUAUUUUAUUAUGGGAUCCAAGGCACGAUUGGUUGUUUACUACCGUUACUUGUGAAAUCAGAAAUUUCUAAACUGAGAAGUAUUGAACAAAUGAUGAAGUCCGCUGAUGAGACUUGGUUCUUAAAGAAUGAACUGCUUAAUGAAAAAAUAGGCAUCGAGCUAGAAGAUAAGGAAAAUCAUGAGUAUGAUUUGGCUGUGCAUUCAGUAAUUGACCAUGAAGUUGGCCGGACAGCAGGCAACUGGGCUUCGAGUUCCGGAUUUAUAGAAGGGAAAUUCACAACUUUGGAUUGUGAUCACACUGCUUACAGAAGUUACUAUGCACCGGUAAAAAAUGUGAUAGAUGGUGAUAUAUGUGAGACUUACUUAAACUUGACUGACGACCUUAAGGCAUACCUCACCAAACAUGCAUCCCCUGAUAAUGAUUUGACUACCAUUGUACAAACCCUAAUGAAGGUGAGGAAUAACUUCAUCUAG